AUGGGCCCCACACAGACGGUGAUCCACUGGUAUCAUGUCUUCAAUAUUAGAGAGGAAGUGAUUUAGCACAAUCCUAUAAGAAAAUAUCCAUUCACUGUUGAAAAUCUGAACACAUUCUGGUCUCAGGUUGGGACGGAGGGGCCGGGCCGCCCUUACUUGCUCGGCCGUCUCUAGAACGAGGAUCUACUGUGUUGUAUUGUGAGUUUUCAUCCGCAAAUCGUGGAAGAUGGCCGACGUACCGGCGGAGUGCACCAUCAAAGUGAUGUGCCGUUUCAGGCCCUUGAAUAGUUCAGAGGUGGCCAGAGGGGACAAAUACAUCCCAAAGUUUCAAGGGGAAGACCAUGUGGUCGUCGGGAGCAAACCAUUCCAGUUUGACAGAGUGUUCCAGCCCAAUACGACACAGGAGCAAGUAUACAACGCCUGCGCCCAGAAGAUCGUCAAAGAUGUUCUGGAGGGGUACAACGGGACAAUAUUUGCAUACGGACAGACAUCUUCCGGCAAAACACACACAAUGGAGGGUAACCUCCAUGACACAGAUGGAAUGGGGAUCAUCCCCAGGAUAGUGCAGGACAUCUUUAACUACAUCUAUUCCAUGGACGAGAACCUGGAGUUCCACAUCAAGGUUUCAUAUUUUGAAAUUUACUUGGACAAGAUUCGGGACCUCUUGGAUGUGUCAAAGACAAACCUGUCGGUGCACGAAGACAAAAACAGAGUUCCCUAUGUCAAGGGAUGCACUGAGAGAUUUGUCUGCAGCCCAGAGGAAGUCAUGGACACCAUCGACGAAGGAAAAUCUAACAGACACGUAGCAGUUACAAAUAUGAAUGAGCACAGCUCCAGAAGUCACAGUAUCUUCCAGAUCAACGUGAAGCAGGAGAACACUGCUACCGAGCAGAAACUCAGCGGAAAGCUCUACCUCGUCGACCUGGCUGGAAGUGAAAAGGUCAGCAAGACGGGAGCAGAGGGUGCCGUGUUGGAUGAGGCCAAGAACAUCAACAAGUCUCUGUCAUCACUGGGCAAUGUCAUUUCAGCUCUGGCCGAAGGGUCUGGCUAUAUCCCAUACAGAGACAGUAAAAUGACCAGAAUCCUUCAGGAUUCUUUGGGGGGGAACUGUAGGACCACCAUCGUCAUCUGCGCCUCCCCCUCCGCCUACAACGAGUCGGAGACCAAGUCCACUCUCAUGUUCGGACAGAGAGCGAAGACCAUUAAGAACACAGUGUGUGUGAACGUGGAGCUGACGGCAGAACAGUGGAAGAAGAAGUACGAGAGGGAGAAGGAGAAGGGAAAGGCCUUGAGGAACACCAUCACCUGGCUGGAGAAUGAGCUCAACCGCUGGAGGAACGGUGAGAGUGUGCCGGUGGACGAGCAGUUUGACAAGGAGAAGGCCCAAGCUGAGGUGUUGGCCCUGGACAAUGUGCCCAACGACAAGCCUGCCUCCACCCCCAACAUGCCCCAGCUCCGUCUGACCGACGCAGAGAAGGACAAGUGUGAGGUGGAGCUGGCCAAGCUCUACAAGCAGCUGGAUGAUAAGGAUGAUGAGAUCAACCAGCAGAGCCAGCUGGCAGAGAAGCUCAAGCAGCAGAUGUUGGACCAGGAGGAGCUACUGGCGUCGUCUCGGCGCGACCACGAUAACCUGCAGUCAGAGCUGAACCGCCUGCAGGCUGAGAACGAGGCUUCCAAGGAUGAGGUGAAGGAGGUUCUGCAGGCAUUGGAGGAGCUGGCUGUUAACUAUGACCAGAAGAGCCAGGAGGUCGAGGACAAGACCAAGGAGUUUGAGAUGGUCAGCGAUGAGCUCAACCAGAAAUCGAGCGUCCUGACGUCCAUUGACUCUGAGCUGCAGAAACUGAAGGACAUGAGCAACCACCAGAAGAAGAGGGUCUCUGAGAUGAUGUCAUCACUACUGAAAGACCUGGCAGAGAUUGGCAUCGCCGUGGGCAGUACCGAGAUCAAGCAACACGACGGCAGUGGUCUGAUAGAUGAGGACUUUACGGUGGCUCGUCUGUACAUCAGUAAGAUGAAGUCGGAGGUGAAGACCAUGGUGAAACGCAGCAAACAGCUGGAGAGCACCCAGUCAGAGAGCAACAAGAAGAUGGACGAGAACGACAAGGAGCUGGCCGCCUGUCAACUAAGGAUCCAACAGCACGAGGCUAAGAUCAAGUCCCUGACAGAGUAUCUUCAGAACGUGGAGCAGAAGAAGAGACAGCUUGAGGAGAACGUUGACUCUCUGAACGAAGAACUGGUCAAGAUCAGUGCCCAGGAGAAAGUCAACGCCAUGGAGAAGGAGAACGAGAUCCAAUCAGCCAAUGAAGUCAAGGAGGCUGUAGAGAAGCAGAUCGCUGGUCACCGUGAGGCCCAUCAGAAACAGAUCAGCAGCCUCAGGGAUGAGCUGGACAAGAAGGCGCACCACAUCACUGAACUGCAGGAUCUCAACCAGAAGAUCAUGCUGGAACGGGAGCGUCUCAGGGUGGAACACGAGAAACUCAAGUCUACCGACCAGGAGAAGAGCCGCAAACUUCACGAGCUAACGGUGAUGCAGGACAGGAGAGAACAGGCCAGACAGGACCUGAAGGGAUUGGAGGAGACCGUGGCCAAGGAGCUCCAGACUCUGCACAACCUUAGAAAGCUGUUUGUCCAGGACCUGGCUACCCGAGUGAAGAAGAGUGCUGAGAUGGACUCUGAUGACACAGGAGGCAGCGCAGCUCAGAAACAGAAGAUCUCCUUUCUGGAGAACAACCUGGAGCAGCUUACCAAGGUUCACAAACAGCUGGUACGUGAUAAUGCAGACCUGCGCUGUGAGCUUCCUAAACUGGAGAAGCGUCUGCGUGCUACGGCUGAGCGGGUCAAGGCCCUGGAGUCGGCACUGAAGGAGGCCAAAGAGAACGCUGCACGCGACCGCAAACGUUACCAGCAAGAGGUGGACCGCAUCAAAGAUGCCGUCAGGGCUAAGAACAUGGCCAGGAGGGGCCACUCUGCUCAGAUCGCCAAACCCAUUCGUCCUGGCCAGCCUCCAGUGGCGUCCCCCACCCACCCCAACGUGAACCGCGGCGGAGGGGGUUUCUACCAGAACAGCCAGGCCGUGGCCAUCAGGGGAGGAGGAGGCAUGAAGCCAGACAAGAAGUCAGAUGGCUAGAGUAGAGACCGGAUCUGAUACACAGCCUUUGAAGAUGGGAGGGGACAUGACCACAGAAGAUGCAGAUGGAUAUCACCCUGGCAACCUGUCAUUCCAUUACAGCCAUUGGCUUCCUGCAGGCUAUAUAUUAGAGAGAGGGAGGAGUUUUAAUAUAAAUAUAGAAAUAUUCCUGCCCUGUACAGAUCCACCUACCUUCAUGUUUCUUCUCUCCGGAACAAACAACAACAAUGAAAUCAAUUUAAUAUACAAAACAAAACACACACCCAGACACCCACCAACUGCAGGGUACAGUCUUGGCUCAAUGAACUACAUUUGACUUGAAUGUGUAGCUUUGUUUUUCGUGGCACAGUUUGUUGUCAUCUUUGAUGUCUUAAGGUUUAGUUUGCACUGUGCCAAUGUGAAUGUACGCUAACCGGGAUUUCAAAAGAGAUGAGAAAAAAAGAAAAGGCGACUGAUCCUUGAUACCACAAACAUUCUUAGGCUAAUCCCUUGUACAGUACAUUACUAUUAUACUGGUUGUACCACACUUCUUUCUAUCAAUAGAUUUUACAAGCUUCUUAAAAGGUUUAAACUGAAAUAGAUGCCAUUUUGAGCACUACUAUCCUGUUGUACAUAUGUAAUAUGGCACUGAACAUGCUUCCUUAAGAGGUGUUUGGCUUUGAAAUGCCAAGAGGUGCGAUUUCAGUUUAGAUUUAAUUAGAGUACCUGUGGUGGCCAUUGUUUUUAUUGUAAGGAAAAUAAAGCGACACAUACUUGUGCGGUGACUACAUUAAACAGAUGUCAGAAGGAAAGAGGAGUCUGAUCAGGAGCAAGCUUUCAUGCCUGCGUCCCAAAUGUCUUUACUUCUUCAACGGUUUUCAAUGCAGUGUUACUGCUUGGAUGUUAUUUAUCUAUCUGCACAUUGGAGCACAUAGAUGGCACACACACGCUUGUCCUAGCUAGCUAGGUCCUCUCAUCCACUCGCCAUCUUUGUCCUGACCUCCUCUAAACAAACCAUUGGCUGGUGGUUGUAUUAACAUUUUAUUUGUAAAUGAACUGUUUAUAGUACUUUUAUCAAUGGGCUCCUUUCAGUGCCCUCACCCCCACCACCAGUAAUGUCAUAACGAGUGGAGUAAAUACAUUUAGGGGAGCCUCUGAUUAAAUUCAUAUUGGGAAUCGAUAUAAGGCAGACGUUUUCCAAAAUCACCCUCUUUUCAUUAAGUCAGGUCAAGUGCACAUGUCAUCUUAUUGUGGAUUGGUGUAGUUGUAUAUCUGUCUCACUGUUCUCUAGCUUGACAAGCAUAUCUGAUCUGUAUUGGUUGGAAUGUUGGAUGGCAGUGUUCGAUUGGCUCGCCCUUGCCACUGAUCAGCCAGUUAGAUGAGCAGGGGGCCUUUGGCUAGGAAGGGGAUUGGUCGGGUUCAGUCUGCUGGUAAACUAGUCUGGGUCCGAAAUGGCACAGCCCUAUGGGCCCUGGUCAAAACUACAUAGUGAAUACGGUGCCGUUUCAGACACAGCCUAUCCGAAAGCAGUGCAUCUUGGAAAGUGGUUUAUUAAUUAUCAAAGUUGCAAUCAGGAGCCAAGGACUUUAUACAUUUUACACUUCUUGUCUUCUUGUUUUGUUGUUUUCUUUUCCUAUGUGAGAGUAAAAUGUCUCUCCAACCCUUGUUUUUAUGUCAUUUUGUGUAAAUUCUGAAGCAUUUGCUGUUGCUGUGAUUGCAGCAUGAAACAAAAACACUGACAUCUUGUGAGUACAAUAUUAUAUAUCAAUGAUAUACUGUUAGGUGUGACCAGGAUUGAGUCUUUUUAAUAGUCUGCAGCCACAGCAAGGUGUCGGUGUUUUAUGUUAUGAACUUUUGUUGUUUUGGAAGGAUUUGACAUAAAAUUUACAUAAGAUAGCACUUCAGAAUUAUUCAUCCGAUACUCCUGCGCUUCGUGUAAAGUUUAAACCUUUAAACUGGGUUAGAAAACACUCCAACUUGGUAAUUUAUGGGGGUGUAAACCAUGAUUUUCUGCUAUUAGAGGCUAGUUUGGGAGAGGUAGGUAUCCUAUACCUUUGACAGGACAAUGUCUAUCAAGUUUUCAUCUUUGUAACCUUUAGAACAGUAAACACUUUGCAACAUGGUCUUCAAAGUGCAUAGUACCCUAUCCUUACCUGCCAGGGUUCCACUGUACUCCAUCAAUUUAAUGGAUAUGAAAUGGGAAAGUACAGAAAAAGAACAAUAACCAUUUGUCCAUGAUGUUUACCAAAUUAAUUUGUUUGCAUUGAUUCUAAAGUAAAGCGUAGCCACUUUAUUACUGUGUAAUAGUUACUUAAAUUUCUAAUUGACAGAUAAGGAUUCCAUCAAUGGAAAAAGGUACUGGAUCAUUCCGAGGGUACGUCCCAAAUGGCACCCUAUUCCUUAUGUAGUGCACUACUUUUGACUGCAUAGGGAAUAGGGUGCCAUUUGGGACAGAACAUAGAGACCUGGGGAGGAGUUGGAGGGGAUGUUCAAAGUUUAUUGAUAUCACCAUUUUGGAUUGACUGCAUGAUGUAAAUGUAUGUGUGAUUAAAUAAUUAUGAGGAAAACCUA